UGAAAGGUGAGACAACUUAUCGAUUGUGAAACUGUGAUGACUUUUGUGUUUAUUUUUGUUUUGUUUGUUAAGAUUUACUUUAAUUCCACGUUUUAAGUUAUUCAUUUUUUUGUAUUUUAUUUAUUAAAUGAGCAAUGCUUGCCUUUGUUUAUGCUUUUCUUUUCGUUUUCAUUGCUGCAAAUCAAAUAAAUGCAGGGCCAUUAAAUGAGACUGAUACAUGGAAUGGCAAAUGGUUCCCCGGGAAUCCCUACAAAAAAACAACAUCAAAUAAAACUGAUUCAUGGAAUGGCAAAUGGUUUCCUGGGAAUACCAAAAAAGACACCAUAUCGAAGGAAACUGACCUUCAGGAAUUAUUCGAUGCAACGAAAACAGAAACAAAUACCAAAGAAUCAUGGAAAGGUAAAUGGUUUCCUAGUAAGCCAAAUGGUAAAAUAAAUCCAAGUAACAUUCAAAAUAUGAUUAACAUUGAAUCGACUUGUGAUGAUGGAAAGAGAAAUAUCGAUGUUGAUUUUGAUCCGGAAAACCAAAGGCAAAGCUACAAUUAUCUGUGCUUCAAUCGCAAAUCAAAAUAUGAACCAAGCUAUGCCACGUCUCCUAUUCAGCACGAAUUUUUAGUUCCACCUGCUUUCAAAGCUCCUUCGUAUUGUCAAAAUGAGACUAUCGAGUAUGAAGAUCGACUGCCCACAUUUGGAGCUCAUCGAUAUCUCUAUCCCAAAUAUGGAGAAUACAUUUUUCUACCUCCUCAAAGAUGGAUGCAUAAUUUGGAAUAUGGAACUGUUGUUAUGCUUUAUCAUCCUUGUGCCAAUAAAAUGCAAAUUGAUCAACUAAGAGGUGCUCUGAAUGCUUGCGUUUAUCGUCACAUCAUAACCCCAUCGAGGUUACUUUUGCCAGAACGGCCAUUGGCACUCGUUGUUUGGGGAAAAAGCCUUGAGAUGUCUGUAGUUGAUGUCUCUACAGUAACUGAUUUUAUUAAAAACAAUGCGAAAAAGGGACCCAAAUCAGGAGAGCCGAAGGUACAGAUAUACGAUGCAGGUUUAAUUGCUGAAUCAAAACUUGUUACGGACCAAACUGAUUCAGAAGUUUGUGCUAAUAUUAAUAAUGAUGUUAAAUAUUAUUUUUAAGAACAGAAAUAAUUAAAGUACUGUUAUAUUUUA